AUGGUAACAGCGGUAAAAAUACCAAAAGUCGAUAAAGAAAAUGAUGAAUUAUUAGAACAAAUUUGUAAAAUGGUUUUAAUGGAUAGAGAUUUACAUAAGGGAACAAAAGCUUUUAUAUCAUACGUUAGAUUAUAUUUAAAACUUGAAGCAAAUUAUAUUUUUAGGUUAAAGGAUUUAAGUUGUCAAAUGUUUUGGUUUACUAAAAUUGUCAGAAUGCCAGAAUUGACUAAUGCAAAAAUUGCAUUUAUGAAGUUCAAAUAA